GGUCGUCGAACGAUUAGGCCACGAGAUCAAUCAUCCCGACUCUUUCCUCUAUUGGGCUGCCAAGAACAAGAUCCCGGUCUUUUGUCCUGCCCUGACCGAUGGUUCUUUAGGAGAUAUGUUAUGUUUUCACUCUAUCAAGACCGACCCUAAUCCAUUAGUUAUCGACAUCGUCGCGGAUAUUCGAAGGAUCAACGAGCUCGGUCGGUCGGCCAAGAAGGCCGGGAUGGUCAUCCUGGGUGGAGGGGUCUGUAAACAUCAGAUUGCGAAUGCGAUGUUAUAUAGAAACGGGGCGGAAUACUCUGUAUAUGUCAAUACGGGCCAAGAGUUUGAUGGGUCAGACAGUGGAGCCAGACCGGACGAAGCGAUCAGCUGGGGAAAAAUCAAAGGCGAUUCGGAAUCGGUCAAAGUAUUUGCGGAUGCUACUCUGGUCUUUCCUCUCAUCGUCGCCGCUACUUGGGCAAAAGAUCAUUGGAAAUCUAAGCCUGAAACUGAGACGACUGAGCCGGUCGAAUCCAAAAAAUAACGUCGAAAUAUACGAUCUGAAAUCAUUCUUUCGUUUUCUAGCUUUUACCUCUCCAUUGUGGAAAUGUUACUUCGUCUUAAUCAUCAAUAGAAUAAUGAUGGAAAUAGUUCCUUUGUUUCUCACCUCCUGGUUCAUUGAGGAGUAGGUCAUGCAUAAAUACCCUUCUUCCUCUUUUUUUUCAAAAAAAAAUCUAUUUUGAUUUUUGAAGGAUCUUUUUACUAUCAUUCAUUUCUUCUUGUCUCUAAUGCCUGAUAUUAACCUUGAGACAUUGGCCAAUCAAGCAGAAUCUAUUUCAAGGUUAUUGCUUGCUGUCAAACCCAGCUACGUGAGCAACAGAAUAACAGGAUAGGCGUGAGGUGCAGAAGAAGAACGCUUGAUCCGGUCAUUAACGGGAGAUGAAUCUCAA